AGGCUGCUCCAGCGGCCUGGCAAGUGGCAAGUGCCAGUUGAUCCGCGGCAUUCGCUACGGUUGGUCACGGCACGCCUCGCGCGGAACCAUCCGGAUCCACGCAGGAAUCCUUCCCGGCCCGUCCUCGUCCUCCGAAAUUCAUCGGGGGGACAGAACUCGGCGGGUUCAUCGAUCGGGAAACCGAUGAGUGUCGGCGGUGCACACAGCAUUUCGAAUAAAAAGACAGACAAACGGGAAUGCGCUGUAUGCUGGGAACAUAGGAAUGUAGCGGGUGUACGUGUGUAGAGUGUUGCGCGCGUGUUAGCGGCGUGUUUUUUAGACAAGUUCCCUCGUUCUUUCACCAUUUUCUGAGAAACGCAUCGAGAGGACUGGGGGAGAACACGAUGGUGUUCCCGACGAUGCGAGUCGCCGUACUCCUGUUGCUCGCCGUCGAUCUUGACGCCGCGGCGGCUAAUACCGUGACAUCGGCUAAGGAGGAGUGUAGGAAAAGGAUAGCUGAAUGCACGAUGAACGGUGGUGGAAGUACGCCGGUGUGCGGAAGUGACGGAGUCACAUAUUCCAAUCAGUGUCAGAUUAUUUCUGAGCAAUGUCAAGGCGCGUCCGUUCUCGUCAAACACACCGGACCUUGUCCAGAGACACCAGCGUGCUUCUCAGCGAGACUGACCGCUCGGCUGGGCAUAAGGCCUAAGUGUCUUCCCGAUGGAACGUACGCGUCGAUUCAGUGUCACGCCGAGACUGACUAUUGUUGGUGUGUAACACCGCAAGGCUGGCCGUUGCCCAACACAACGGUAAAAUACGAUAAACCGAAAUGUUUGAGAGCCGGUUCCAGAUCAGCUGCUUCUACUAGGAGCGGCCAAAAGCGACGCUCGCCGGCUAAGAAGCAACGCAGGCAGUACGUCAGCAAUAGGCAUCGGAAUACCUGCGAUCGUACCGAGAAAUCCAAGUUCAACGGGAACCUCAUUGAGAACUUCAGAAUCGAAUACAGGCGGACUAAUAUAUCCGCUGACGACGAUAAGAAUGUCGAACGGGUGUUGUCGUGGAAAUUCCUCAUGCUGGACCAGAACGCGGACGGUUACUUAGAUAAGACUGAGUACCAGGAGCUCAGAAGACUCGCCAAGAAGGCGGUGAGACCGAAGAAGUGCGCACGCACGUUCGCCCGCACGUGCGAUCUAAAUCGGGAUUUAAAACUAUCCAAGCAGGAAUGGGGUGCUUGUCUCGCCAGUGAUUUCACUCACGAGCGUGCCGAGGUCCCUGAGACCCAAAGGACACGGGCCAAGGACCGAGUUUUGAAAGGUAGCCCAGCCAUUGGCCAUCCUAUUCACACUUUACCAUUUAAUAACGAUCAUUUGGAUACUAAGGAGGAAAGCGAUGCAAAUGACUGCAUAUCGGACAGAAGAUCAGUAUUGGAGGAUCAGAAGCAGCGAGAAAAGAAUUUGUAUGUUCCACAAUGCAUGUCCGAUGGAAGGUAUCAUCGAGUGCAGUGCUAUGCGGGUUAUUGUUGGUGCGUGUAUCAAGAUACUGGUAAGCCGAUACCAGGAACAUCCACGAAGGAUCUCUCGCCGAAUUGUAAUCCAGUUCCGACUCCCAGUAGACCUAUGAAAGGAUGUCCAGAGUUAAAGAAACAAAUAUUCCUUCGGGACCUAAUGGAGCUCAUGCAAAAGAAAAUGGAAGCUUCCAACAUCGAUUCUAACGAAACUACUGUCAAUUGGCAGGCUUCUAGGGAGGAAAAAAUAGCCAUGUGGCAUUUUGUGAUGCUCGACAAAAAUAAAAAUAAGGCUUUAGACAAAAAAGAGUGGAAAAGUUUUCGCACAAUGGUAGCGAGUAUAGCAAAUAGACAACUCCGGAGAUGUGGUAAAAAAUUACCGAGAUAUUGUGACAUCAAUAACGAUAGACUGAUCAGUCUGACAGAAUGGCUCAGCUGUCUUAAUGCUCAGCGUCCAACAACAGCUGACAAUCCGGCGAAAGUGUUGACUACACCGAAAAGAAUAGGCCCAAACCCACUAGAUCAGUUUCUCAAUGAUGACUAACACACUGUGUGAUAAAUUGUGUUUGCGAUCCCGUAAAGAGACACCCAUCUUCUUCGUUAUUAAGCUCUAAAACUGCUGGAAUUGUUGGAAACACUGUAAGCUUUUUCCAACGUAAUAACACCUUUGUGACACUUUAUUAGGAAGUAAAAUUUUAGCGAUAAGCGUAAAUUUUUAUAUAUAAAAUUUUCAGAAUUUUUAGAAUUUUCGAGUGUAAUCUUUUAUCUGAUUGCUCACACUCUACCCAUUCCUGAAAGUUUUAAAGCAUUUUGCAAAAUAUUUACGAAUAAUUUUCUCGUAUUGGUAAUUAUCAAUAUCAUUGUGUAAUCAUUGGUAUGUGUGUACUCUUGUGUAUCACCUAGUCCAUAAAUAAUCCUCUAAUUAAGCUAUUUUAUACUGGAGACAAAUUCAGUCUAGAAGACCUCCAAUAAAAUAAUUUUUAUAGC